CGAGGUCAUUUCAAGACGGUUAAACUAUUAUGGUUCGUGCUCGAACAAAGAGCUAGUACAAAGUUUUCACUAAUAUCUAGAUUUAAUGCAAAAAGAUGUCGUCGUUCUCAACAACAGCACUAGAAAAAAAGAUUAACGAUUUAACGAGUACCCAACAAAGUGUGCAGACGCUAUCAUUAUGGAUAAUCCACCAUCGGAAACACAACAAGGCCAUCGUUCAAACAUGGUUGAAAGAGUUGCAAAAAGCCAAGCCAAAAAAGAAACUUACAAUGAUGUACCUCACGAAUGAUAUUCUACAAAACAGUAGAAAAAAAGGAACCGAGUUUUCAAGGGAAUUCUCCAGUGUGCUUCCCACAGCAUUCCGGCACUGUGCUAAAGAAUGCAGCUCAGAUACUACAAAUGCUCUUGAAAGAAUUUUGGGGAUAUGGAAGGAAAGAGAUGUUUAUGAUCAAAUUUUUCUAGACAGACUGAGGAAAGGAAUGGCAAUAAUAACAGCACCUGUGGAGGAAUCCAACAGCCCACCACCUGUCAAAAAAUCUAGAACUGAAGAUCUCAAGCCUCCAUCAAAGAUUCCAGAUCCGGAUGAAUUAAUAAAGAAAUUAACAGAGCUGGAACACUCAGCAUCACAAGAUGCCUCGGCACGAGAGAAGAUUGCAAGCCUGCCGGGUGAGAUUACAGAUCCAGCAAAUCUUGACAAAAUAACUGAAUAUGAAGAUGGAAAGAAAUUGCUGAAAUCGCUAUCUGAAGCUUGUCAUCAUCUUUCGGAAUACAACAAACGGCUCUCGGCUGAGCUGGCAGACAGGCAGAUUGUGCAAAAGAAGCUUGCUGAAUACACUACAUAUCAAAAAUAUAUGCUGGCGCUAACUGAAGAUAGAUUAGAGGAAUCCAGGAAGAAGCUUGCUAGAGUAACACAAGUAAGAAAAGGACUCGAAUCUCACUUGCACAACUUACCGGAUCUUACAAAGUUGCCGGAUCCAAAUGCUGGAUUGGCCCCAUUACCGUCCGCUGGAGAUCUAUUUGCAAAAUCCACGUAGCUAUUUCCCCCAACUUCUCGUUUUUAUAACUCUCGUUUCAAAUAUUCAUUGCCCGUCGCAAGAAUAUUCUUCUUAAUUUUAAUUCUUAAGGGAUCUGAUUUCCACUGUGAAGUUCAUUUGACUGUACAGUGUUGGUAGGAGAAGCUAUUGAGAAUUCUUGGUACAUUGUAGAUAAAGUAUCAUAAUUCUUUUAUCUUUUUAUGAAUAAGAAACACAAUGAUGACUUCAACCUGUACGACGGUCCUACCAAUAUCCAAUGCAUAUAGGUUUUUCAGUGCCAAGUGCACGCUUGAAUUCGAAAUAACCUUCGUUUUUAUGCUAUCUUACAUUAAUGCCAUUGCAAUUACCUGUUCUGAAAAUCAUCUCCUCAACAAAUUAAAAUUGCAAACUAAGGUAGUAAAUUGUCACAACAAAUUCCUAACCUACCUUACAUGAACGAUACUUGUGACAACUGAUAAAAAUGAAAAUUUUGCAAUUAUGUCACGGUAAACGCAUAUACCAGAGAAUCAUUCAUCCGUCCCAGAGAAUACUUGGUUAGUAUUGAAAUUAGUUUUAUUUGGUAUACAACACUAGAGGGCAAAUUUUAUAUUAAGGCUCCCAGCUGGUUCGUUAGGCCAGCGACGAAGUAUGAAAAACCUAACAUCAGAAAGUACAGUCUUUGACGCGGAUGUUUCAUUGGUGUUAAGUGUUUGUUAUUGGCCUUUUUUCUCCAUCUUAUGUAUGUUGUUUAGCUGAAGCCAUAUGUUUUUGAUGGCAGUCGUAGAUCGGAAUGGUUUUUAA